UCUUCAUCCUCCAUCCGCCUCUCCUUCUGGCAGAUUCUGUGUGAAGCACGACAGAAGUGUCUCUCAACCGGCGUCGGGCUUCACAGCUGGCUGUGUUUCUCUGCGGGGGGGCUGUAGUCCGGCUGUUCGCUCCUCGCUGGAAGAGGGGGCGCGGUGUCGGAGCCACGUGUACCGGAACUGGAGGCUGACAGCUGGGCUGAGGAGGCGCUAGCCGCUAGCAGCUCGAUAAGCUCACUGCGGUGAACCGACAGCCACACCGGAGCCGCCUCACCGGGACCGCCGCUUUGCAGUCAUGGCUGUUUGGAGAAACCCGCUCUCUGCGUCUCUGCUCCUCUGCGUCCUGCUUCACACCGUCCAUGUGAACGCACGGCCGGCCAACAUGUCAUCGCUCAAAGAUAAGCCUCAAUCCAGCAAGGACGAAAAUGAGAUCCUCCCUCCGGACCACCUGAACGGGAUGAAGCUGGAGCGGGACGGACACCUCAACAAGGACUUCCAUCAGGAGGUUUUCCUCGGAAAAGAGUUGGAGGAGUUUGAAGAGGACUCCGAGCCCAGGAGGAACAGGAAGAAGCUGAUUGAAAUUUUCACCAAAGUUGACUUCAACAAUGACCAGAGCGUGAGCGCCAAGGAGAUGCAGCGCUGGAUCAUGGAGAAGACGGAGGAGCACUUCCAGGAGGCCACCAAGGAGAACAAGAACAGCUUCCGAGCCGUUGAUCCGGACGGCGACGGUCACGUCACGUGGGAUGAAUACAAAGUUAAAUUCCUGGCCAGCAAAGGUUUAAACGAAAAAGAAAUUGCAGAGAAAAUGAAGAAAAAUGAAGAUCUGAAACUGGAUGAGGAAACCCAGGAGGUGUUGGAAAGCCUGAAAGAUCGCUGGUUUCAGGCUGACAACCCUCCCGCUGACCAGCUGCUGAACGAGGAGGAGUUCCUGUCCUUCCUGCAUCCCGAGCACAGCAGAGGAAUGCUUAAGUACAUGGUGAAGGAGAUUGUGCGUGACUUGGACCAGGAUGGUGAUAAGAAGCUGACGCUGUCGGAGUUCAUCUCUCUGCCUGUGGGCACGGUGGAGAACCAGCAGGCUCAGGACAUCGACGACGACUGGGUCCGAGAGAGGAAGAAGGAGUUCCAGGAGGUUAUCGACGCCGACGCCGACGGCAUUGUGACCAUGGAGGAGCUGGAGGAGUACAUGGACCCCAUGAAUGAGCACAACGCUCUGAACGAGGCCAGGCAGAUGAUCGCCGUCGCCGACGAGAACCAGAACCGCAGCCUGGAGCUGGACGAGAUCCUCAAAUACAGCGAAUACUUCACAGGCAGCAAGCUGAUGGAUUACGCCAGAAACGUGCACGAGGAGUUCUGAGGAGCCGCCUGUCCUCCUUCCCUACACCUGCAGGGACAAAGCGUGGGAGGAGAAGGGCGUGCACGGUGUAAUAAGAUAUCCCAGUGUGCAGUUCUGUGUUUAAAAGCCUCGCGUCGAGCCCCUCUCUCGCCGCGGACGCCACUUAGCGCCCCCCUGCUUCAGCUCCGGACCGUCGCCAGUCAACACGCUCUGCCUCUGGACAGUCCGGACGUGAAAAUGUUUCCCAUCAAUCUGAGCAGAGCGGCAUCGAAUCCAAAUUCGUUUGUGUUUUUAUCGUGAAGCGUGUGUAUAUAUGAGAAGUUUUAGAUUCCGUUUUGACGAUGCAGAAGAACCCCGCGGCGACGUCCGGAGACUCGUCUGCUUCCAGUGUAAAUAUUUGUGCUCGUGUCUGAGAGAGGGAACACCUGAGGCCCAGUAAUUCUGCUGAAUAAUGCAACCCUUAAAGAGAGAUCUCGCACACACACACACACACACGCACGCACACACACAGUUACGUUUUACAUUCGUCAGCCGGGAAGUGAUUGUGUGCCGUCCGUCCGAUCACAGUAAUAAGGUUUAAAAGCCACUUUAUUAGCAUAAAAUAAGCCAACAUAGCUCAGAGUGUCUUUCAGGGUAAUUUAGCAGUGUGUCUGUUGUUAAAAUGUAGGGAAAUAUUAAUAUAUGAGAAAAAUGUGGGAUCGUUGACCAACUGAAGGAAAAUUCCAGGUGUUAUUAUUAAUAUUGUAGAGAAUUGCACCUUAAUAACAUUCAGCAGCUACCAACACUACUCACUGCAAGAGGUUUUUUGCUUUUAUUUUCAUGUUGGUGGAUUUAUUUAUUCAUCUGAUUGACUCCAUUCUAAAACGUCACAGGCGUACAGUCGUUUUCAACCUGGCAUCAUCAUCAUCCUCCUCAUCUUCGCAGGCUACUCUUUUGAAUGGCAUCAUCUAAUCCAAAUGCAUGUGCAGGCAGCAGGAGUCACAUAGAGCUUGAACCUGUGGAAACGUGCAGCAUCCCGCUGCAGCCGCUUCAAUCCUCGGUCCGAUUGUAACAUAAGAUUUAUGAUAAGAGAAUGUGACAGCUUUAUAAAACUGUACUGCAAAUAUAUCGGUAAACAAUAAAGAUUUCUAUCGAAUGA